ACACACACAGAGGCCAGACACUGAGUUACUUGACCACGUGAAAAUACAGAACCGGACCGAGACCACCACCCGGAAAGACGAGCACAUUUCCUUGAGGAACUUUUGGCAGAAACGUAAGGCGUGCUCGAUAAAACUCUGGACCUCCCUCAUCUGCUCCAGAACAGAAAACCUGUCGAGUCAGGGAUCAGCUGCAGUUGAAGGCUGAUUCUCUUCCUGGAACAAAUCAUAUUCUCUACAGUUUGAUGAUGGGUGGAAACAACAGUCGUUCCUCAAUGAGAGGUGAAAUGGCGCAGAAAGUAGUUCAGCUGGAGCGGAAAACCUUCUCUUGUUCCAUCUGUCUGGAUCUACUGAAGGAUCCGGUGACUAUUCACUGUGGACACAGCUACUGUAUGAGAUGUAUUAAAACCCACUGGGACAUAGAGGAUGAGAAGAAGAUCUACAGCUGCCCUCAGUGUAGACAGACAUUCAGAAAGAGGCAUGUCCUGGUGAAAAACAUCAUGUUGGCUGAUUUAGUGGAGCAGCUGAAGAAAACUGCACUCCAAGCUGCUCCUGCUGAUCACUGCUACGCUGGAGCUGAAGAUGUGGCCUGUGAUGUUUGUACUGGGCGAAAACGGAAAGCCGUCAAGUCCUGUUUGGUUUGUUUGGCCUCUUAUUGUGAGAAACACCUCCAGCCUCAUUAUAAAUCCUUGACCUUUGAGAAGCACAAGCUGGUGGACCCCACCAAGAAGCUUCAGGAGAACAUCUGCUCUCGUCACCAUGAGGUGAUGAAGAUGUUCUGCCGCACUGAUCAGCAGUGUAUCUGUUAUCUCUGCUCUGUGGAAGAACAUAAAGGCUACGACACAGUCUCAGCUGCAGCAGAAAGGACCGAGAGUCAGAGAGAGCUCGAGCUGAGUCAACAACAAAUCCAGCAGAGAGUUCAGGACAGAGAGAAAGAUGUGAAGCUGCUUCAACAGAAGGUGCAGGCUGUUUUUGCUGUUGCUACUGUUGUAUUUGUUGUUACAGCAGCAGCAGCAGCAGCAUUUUGGGUGUAUUCCAGAAAGCAGGUUUAACAUUCUUUGAACCUAACCCAGAAGUCUGAAUUGACCAACCCUGAGAUGGGAAAGUUUUCGGUUCCAGAACAGCUGUUCUGAGUAGUUUAAUCAACUAUGAGUAUGUUCACUUGGAGAUAUGCACGUGCCUGCCGACUAUAAAAAGCCAUCAUCAAUUGAUUCAUUAUCGAUA